AUGUCUACUCCUUUUUAUAACUCUCUCUUUCUUCUUUCUUAUCUCGUAGAAAACCCUCCCGAUAGUUCGGGGAGCGCGCCGUUGACCGAUGAGUGGGUUAGUGAGGCCUUCACGCAUUGGUCACGGUUGGAUACUGCGUGGCAAGAGAACGAGCCUGGGUUCUUGUCCGAGGAGGAGUGGGCGUUGUUGGAGGAUAGCCUUUGGUGUGUCUUGAUGGACAUUGAUACCGGCGAAGUUGAAAAUUCGAUUGAGGACUUUAAUUGUCUGGCAUCCCAAGCGACAGAGCGUGGGGUACAGGUGGACUUGAUCACUAUACCAGAUUCUCCACCAGCUAGCGACGAUGGCUCUAGUACUCCUCGUCCCGCAGAUUAUAUUUCUCAAGAGCCCGGCCCCCUUCAUUCAAUUUUUGAAGACUCCAAUUCUCCACCUCUUCACAACUAUAUCUGGGAGGACGAUAUUGUACCUUCCCUCACUACUAAAGCUGCGGUAGAAGACACCCCCAGUCGCACCCUUCGUCCUCGUGUACAAGGUCGUGCUGUCACAGCGUUGGAGGCGUCGGGUGCGACCGAGGCAAUUAUUUCGCAUGCUUAUGGUCUGGGCACCAGUACUGUUCGUUACGUUAAUUGGCGCUUACUUGCUGCAGAAGGAAUUCCCGAGGAAGAAGUCGUCCUUCCUGCAAAGCGUCGCCGUGUUGAGGAUUCUCCUCCCCGAUUGACUGCUGAGGAAAAAGGGAAAGGUCGUGCCGUGGCUAGCUCGUCUACUCCUGGCCUUCGCAGAGGUCGUCCCCGUAAAAUUCGCGAAGAGUCUGCCUCCAUGACUCACAAACGCGGAGGUUUAGGUGAACCUAUCCCCAAGAACGCGCGCGAAAUCCAAAGUCCGGAUCUUCGUCCCAUUGACUUGAUCAUUCCUGAUCAAGAUUUUGAUGAUUACGUCGGUUGCCAAGGCGCGUAUUUUAGACGCGAUAUUGCCCACAAGUUCGGGCACUUUAUGAGUACGCCUUGUGAUGCCUGCAAGAAGGCCAAGGCCCAGUGCCGCAGUGUUCGGUCUGCCUCUACCAAGUGUGCGCGAUGCGCUAUUCACAAGCAUGAUUGCUUGGUAGAUGGUAACCGUGAAGUUAACACUCUGGAAUGGGUCUUCGUCCCUCAACCUUCUAUCGUUUCCGAAAUUCGCGAGUUCCUUCGUCGCAUUCGCCAGGAGGCUCGUUGGAUUAACGCGUCGGAUAAGCCUGCCCCUUCUUUUUACCGGGCGGCUCAUCUAGACAACGCCAACUUGGUAUCCGAAUUAUUUGAGAAGGCCGUUGUCCAAAACGAGUCUCUAAUUGAUGACGAGGCUAUUGAAUCAAACGGUGAAGGUGAAGAAGGCGAUGACGAGGCCGAGGAGUCUAAUGGUGAGAGGGAGGACUUGGGUGAACUCGAAGAUUAA